CUUUGACCCAGGAUUUAUCGAGCUCCCGACACACUUCUAAUAUUCCAAGUUCCCAGAAUGGCACAAUUGCCAGAUCCCACUAUAGAUCUCGACUGGUCCGGGUAUGUCGGUUCGAUUCAAUGGCACUUCGGCGAGGUCGCAAAGCAGCAUCCCGAUCGACUCUGUGUGACGGAGACGAAGUCGUCAGAAGCUCCGGAGAGAACAUUUACCUACAAGCAGAUCUACGAAGCAUCCAAUGUUUUGGCGCACUAUCUCCACGAUGCAGGCGUCGGCAGUGGAGACGUUGUUAUGAUUUGGGCGCAUCGCUCAGUGGACUUGGUUGUCGGUAUGAUGGGCGUAUUGGCUUCUUCGGCGACACUGAGUAUUCUCGACCCAGCCUAUCCACCAGCGAGACAGAAGAUCUAUCUUGAGGUCGCCCAGCCCCGUGCUCUCGUCAAUAUUGCAAGGGCAAUGGAUGAAGCAGGACCUCUGGCCCCACUUGUGCGAAAGUAUAUUGACGAAGAGCUAGAACUCAAGGCUGAAGUUCCUUCGUUACGGAUUGGUGAUAACGGUAUCCUGUCCGGAGAGCAAUUUGGCAGUAAAGAUAUCUUUGCCCAGGCCAGAACGAAGGCUUCUUCACCGCCCAAUACACAAGUUGGCCCCGAUAGUGCGCCUACACUCUCAUUUACUUCCGGCAGCGAAGGAAGGCCCAAAGGUGUGCUAGGUCGCCAUUUCAGUAUAACCAAGUACAUUAGCUGGAUGGCGGAGAGGUUCCAGCUCAAUUCAAAGAGCCGAUUUACUCUUUUGUCCGGUAUUGCGCAUGAUCCGGUCCAACGAGAUAUCUUUACACCUCUUUUUCUGGGAGCGCAAUUGCUAGUUCCUUCGAAGGAAGACAUUCAGCAUGAGAAGCUUGCAGAAUGGAUGCGUGAGCAUAAACCGACGGUUACACAUCUAACGCCUGCCAUGGGUCAGAUUCUUGUCGGUGGAGCAACAGCGGAAUUUCCAUCUCUGGAGAUGGCUUUCUUUGUCGGUGAUGUUCUCACAAGCAGAGAUUGCAGGGCUUUGCGGGAUCUCGCGGUCAAUGCUAAUAUAGUCAACAUGUAUGGCACGACGGAAACGCAGCGAGCAGUGAGCUUCUUUGAAAUACCGAGCCGCGCGAAGAAUCCCAACUUCUUGGAUAAGUUGAAAGAUACUAUCCCAGCUGGGAAAGGGAUGAAGAAUGUACAGCUUCUUAUUGUGAAUCGGGAAGAUCGAACCCAGCUAUGUACGGUUGGAGAACUUGGAGAGAUUUACGUCCGUGCCGCAGGUCUUGCCGAGGGUUACAAGGGAGAUGAUAAAUUGAACGAGCAGAAAUUCCUUAUGAAUUGGUUCGUGGACAAUAAGGCCUGGGUGGAAGCCGACAACAAGAACAAUAGGGAUGAACCGUGGAGAAAGUACUAUAAGGGACCACGAGAUAGGCUUUAUCGGACAGGUGACCUAGGCAGGUACCUAGAGUCUGGUGACGUGGAGUGCACAGGACGCGUGGACGACCAAGUCAAGAUUCGUGGCUUCCGAAUCGAGCUUGAUGAUAUCGACAGCAACUUACGCCAGAACCCUUUGAUCAGAGACUGCAAGACACUCGUUCGGAGAGACAGAAACGAGGAACCGAAACUCGUCAGCUACAUUGUUCCAGAGAUGAAAAGAUGGCCCCAGUGGCUCAAAGAUCGGGGCCUGGAGGAUGUCGCAGAUGAAGGAACGGACAUUGGUCCCACAAAGGUCUAUUUCAAGAGGUUCAGGCGGAUGCAGACAGAGGCACGGGACCACCUGAAAUUCCGUUUACCUACCUAUGCAGUGCCGACCAUUUUCAUUGCUCUCAACAAGCUACCGCUUAAUCCGAAUGGCAAGAUUGACAAGCCAAAUCUCCCCUUUCCAGAUAUCGUGGAACAGACAGAAGAGACAUCAGACGAGGACUUAAAGAGAUGGGAGUCACUGACAGACACCGAGCGAACAGUUGCAACCAAAUGGGCCGGUUUCAUACCCGGGCUUAACGCAAAGACUAUCACACCACGGAAUGAUUUCUUCGAUCUUGGCGGACACAGUCUCUUGGCCCAGCAGAUGCUACUAGAUAUACGCAGAGAGUUUGGAGCAAAUGUAUCCAUAAACACACUCUACGAGAAUCCAAGUCUAGCUGGUUUCAGUGCGCGGAUUGACAGGCUACUUGGACUAACAAAUGGAGUCAACGAGGAUGGUGGUGCAGUAAAGGAGGAUCCUUUAUACUCUCAAUCCCUGGACGAGCUUCUCAAACGGCUACCGACCAUCUAUCGAACAGCGGACCCAGCGGCGAUUCGUGUAUCAGCUAAGCCGACGAUAUUUCUCACCGGAGCGACUGGAUUCUUGGGCGCCUAUAUUAUCAAAGAUAUACUGGAUCGAACUGGCCAUGCCAUUAGACUUAUUGCUCAUGUGCGAAGCGCUAGGGAUUCAAAGGCUGCUCUCGAUCGACUACGGCGUUCACUAGUCGGGUACGGCCUAUGGCAAGACGAGUGGUUGACGCGAUUGAGCUGCGUUGUUGGUGAUCUAUCCAAGCCACAUCUUGGCAUUGAGCAUCACAUCUGGCAGACUUUAUCUCAAGAAGUUGACGUGGUGAUUCACAAUGGUGCUACAGUCCACUGGGUCAAGACAUAUCAGGAUAUGAUGGCCUCAAAUGUCGUCUCCACCAUUGACGCUAUGGAGCUCUGCAACGAAGGAAAGCCCAAGCUCUUUGCAUUCAUCAGUUCUACAAGUGUACUCGAUACUGACCACUACGUGAAACUCUCAGAGCGACAAAUCAGUACUGGCCAAAACGCCAUUUCUGAAGAGGAUGACAUGCUAGGCAGUCGAACUGGUCUUACCACAGGCUACGGCCAAACGAAAUGGGUGUCUGAGAAGCUUGUUCGUGCUGCUGGAAAGAGAGGUCUUCUGGGCUCUGUGAUUCGACCUGGGUAUAUUCUAGGCGACUCAGACACGGGUGUCUGCAAUACCGAUGAUUUCUUGAUCCGUAUGCUGAAAGGCUGCAUUCAACUGUCGGCCCGGCCACGCAUCAUAAACACCGUCAACUCUGUUCCGGUUAAUCAUGUUGCUCGUGUGGUCGUAGGUGCUGCUCUCAAUCCUCUUCCAGGUGGCGUACACGUCGUCCACGUCACUGGCCACCCGCGCUUACGCAUGAAUGAGUAUCUGUCGCUUCUCGAGUACUACGGUUACAAUGUUCCAGAGGUUAGUUACGACUCUUGGAAGGACCAACUGGAAAGACACGUCUCAGCAGGUGGCCAAGAGAAAGAUCAAGAACAACACGCGCUAAUGCCACUCUAUCACUUCUGCGUCACCGACCUGCCAGCUACGACUCGAGCUCCAGAGCUUGAUGAUAGGAAUGCUGUCAAGAUUCUGAAAGCAGACGCCGAGAACUGGACAGGGAUCGACGAGAGUGCGGGCUACGGUAUCAGUAGAGAGAAUGUGGGCAGAUAUUUAAGAUACCUGACCGAGAUCAAGUUCGUGAGCUUGCCCUCAGGCAAAGGAAGGCCGAUCCCCGGGGGCAAAAUGAGUGCAAUGCAGAUGCAGGCACUUGGAGCUCUGGGUGGUCGAGGCGGCGCAACGACAUAGAGUAGAAUAAAUCUCGUGAGCGCCAUGCAAAUCUAACUAACCUCCUAGAACGUCCAUCACUCGCCAUCAGCCAAGCGGCCGUGAGGGCAGAUUACGGUUGCAGUUUAUGACGGAGCUUAGCUCGCCUCUCUGUAUCAUAAUAGGAAUCUAGACAAUGCCUACUAGCUGUCGUAACCCGUUCAGGGCGACUGUAAUUUGUUACCUG